AUGGUGUCUUACUUGUCGGUUUAUAAGAAUGAAACCGUAUUGGUUACUGGACAUGAGAAUGGUGUAAUUUUGAUGCAUAGGCUUUGGGAGGUGCCAAAUGGAGAGGAAUUGAGUUUGCUUCGUAUGGAAACUGUCCGGGAAUUUACUUCACUGGAAGGUGGGGAAGGGGGGUUGCCUAUAACUAUCUUGGAAGUGCAUCAUGUUGGGAGGGUGAGGUACAUUUUGUCGAUUGACAGCAGUGGAAAGAUUAGGGUUUUCCGGGAGACUGGGAGACAACAUGGAUUGGCGGUGCCAACCAGCAGGCCACUCGUGUUCUUGAAGCAAAGGCUUAUGUUUCUUACUGAGACUGGUGCGGGAUCAUUGGAUUUGAGGAAAAUGAAAAUUAGGGAGUCAGAGUGCGAAGGUUUGAACAAUUCUGUUGCUAAGAACUAUGUUUUUGAUGCCACUGAGCGGUCGAAAGCAUAUGGCUUUACAUCGGAGGGUGAUUUGAUUCAUGUGUUUUUGUUAGGUGAUACAAUGAACUUCAAAUGCAGGGUUAGAUCCAAAAGGAAAGUUGAUAUGAAUGAGCCUCUAGCUCUUCAGGCAAUAAAAGGAUAUUUACUGUUUGUGAACCAGGAGAAGGUUUAUGUGUAUAAUGUUUCCUCUCAUCAUUAUGUUAGGGCUGGUGGGCCACGGCUUCUGUUUUCUGCAUGUCUAGAAGAGAUCAUAGCAUCAUUUAUAAAUGGUCAAGCAGUGGAUAUAGAUGCCGUAAAGAGACGAGUGAUUCCAUCAAUAGCCACUGACCAUGAAAAGCUUGUUAUUCUGAAUCUAGGAAGUGGGUUUGUGGGGAUGUAUCGCUCCAACCUUCCUCUUUUCAAAGGAGAAUUUAAUAGCAUGCAGUGGAUCAGUUCCAUUUUGUUUUUUAUUCUGUUCCUUUUUGGUGCAUGGCAAUUUUUUGCCAAUAAGAAGGAAGCUCUUACCUCUUGGGGCCCAGAUGAUCCUUUUACUUCAACAUCAGCUACAAACGGAGCUCCAUUAGGAUCUGGAUCUGGUGAUAGAUCUUUCACGGAUUCUUCUGCAAGAAAUGCUGAUAUUAUGGAUCUGAGAGGUGGUGGUCUAAGAGGUCCAUCAAGAAGGUAUGUUUCUCCAUCCCAGUAUCCAGAUGGAUCAGCCAGUUCCCACAGGCCAAUUUCUGUUGAUACCAACUCUAGACCUGCUUCUGUUGAUCCCAAUUUCAGGGCAGCCUCAGAGUUGAAAUUUAGGGGGUCAAAUCUAGAAUCUGCAGAUUUCCUAAAAGAAGAGAGACUCCAUUUGUAAACAGUCAAGUUUUAGAUGAUAGCAAUUAACUAGUAACAAUGAUUGCAUUGACUUUUACCACGCUGGGGUGAUUGUUCUCCCUCUUUCUGUAAUCUUACAAACUGCAGUUGAGCUUGAUAUAGUAGUUAACUUUUGUAACAUUAGUUAUGCGAGAAAGAAAUAAACAGAAAUUCUUAAGCAUUUGC